AUGCCAAGGACCCAAACCGCUGUACCAAAGGGAUGGGACGGACAUGCCAUUUACCUCCAUGCCCCUUCAUAUUCAAAGAAGCUCUCCCGUGAGAAGCUCAUGACAAUCAUGUUCCCAAAAUCCCAUUUGGAUCCCAGUGUACCCAUUUACAACCCUAGUGGACCAUACACCAAUGUCAAGAUUAUCCCAGUUACAGAUUCUGCUCAUCCAGCGUUUGGGCAACAUGCUCUCUGUGCUAACCAGCAGCUCCCCCCAGACUCGUUCAUCCUGCCAUAUCUAGGCUAUGUUCACGAUCAGAAUGAUACCAAUGAAACAUCCGACUACGACCUCUCACUAGACCGAGAACUAGGUAUUGGCGUCGAUGCGUCCAUGAUGGGCAACGAAGCCCGCUUCAUCAACGACUACCGAGGAGUCUCGUCCGCACCCAAUGCCGAGUUUCGCGACAUAUAUGUGGACUGCCGAAACGGCAAGGUGGAGAAGCGAGUCGGCGUGUUCGUCCUCAGUGCUGGCAAAAGUGGAAAGAGGGCAAAGGGUAUCGCCCGUGGCCAGGAAAUUCUCAUCAGCUAUGGCAAAGGUUUCUGGUCGGAGCGACAGGUAGCUGAAGAGUGA